AUGCAGUGGUGGGGCGCUCGGCUGCCAUCUCGAUCGCACCUCCCGUUGAUUCGUCCCGCGUCAUCGGGCUGGUCCUCAUUCGGCAUAGGCGAAUCUCUCCUCGUGUCCGCGGCGUCACUACUGGCGCGGAUGCAGCCAACGAUGCCCACCCCUGGCCGCAACGGCGUCGGAUCGAGAGAAAAAGAACGACUCGCAAGGGCAGAUUCGCGUGCCGCAUAUCCUUGCCCUCUUACUCGACGCUUUAGGGAGCCUGCUGGAGCUGUGGAGAAUCAUUGCCCAGUAGGCAGUGCUGGCCGCCCAUAUGGCGCCGGGGGCAAACAUCAGAUUGCUGGUGUCGAGCACAUCCUUGCCUCUCACUGCAGAGGCUCGUCACACUUUGCGAUUACUCGCUGCCGGCACGGUUCAUCUCCGAUUGCAUCUGCUUUAGCCGUCGAUGCCCCCAGCAUUACUCGUUUCCCUCUCACACCAUGCUUGCAGGCGAAACGAGGCGCUGAGAUCCGAAUCGACACAUCGACCACACUGUCAGAUCAGAUCACGGGACCACCUGCUGUCGCCGCCUUUGCCCUGGUAGCACCUGUCGAACGCUUUCCCACACCACUUGACAUCCCGUCGCCCACAGGACCUGGCUGCGCAUUGUAAGAGAAGGAUUCCCAAAAGUACCGUCGUCUCGUGCAUCUUGCCCCAAACGACCCCUCCACGCCGCUGUCUGCCACCCCACGUCAGCCACCGACAUUCGACGCCGAAAGGAGCAACAGCGACAGUCAUCAUACCACCCAUCAACGUUUCCCACGCUGCAGCGUAUGCGAUAGAAAGAGGACGCCGUGACCCACAAGGAAUAAAAUCGCUUUUUC